AUGCCACCGCAGCAGCGCCUGGAGCACUUCGCCCGCGCUGCGAGCGGAAGCGGUCGCCCAGAACUGAUCCCCAGUGGUUAUGAAAAGCGCUGUGGGCUGCUAAAGUCUGACUGGGCUUAUGAGCACUUGCGGUGGAUGAUCCAGAAAGACUCGCUUGGACAGGACAUUUUUCUCAUAGGCUCUCAUUCGCCACUACGCCGCUGGUUGGCCUUCCGCUUCUGCGAAGUCCUAGGCCGGGAGUGCGAGUUCCUGGCAUUGACUCCGGACACCUCUGAGGUGGACCUCAAAUCCCGCCGCGAGCUCCGCGCCCAUGACCGCGGCCUGGGCGUCCAGUGGUUCGACCAGGCGGUGGUCCGAGCUGCGCUGCAGGGGCGCGUGCUGAUCCUCGAGGGCCUCGAAAAGGCUGAGCGGAAUGUUCUGCCGGUGCUCAACAACUUGCUGGAAAACAGGGAGAUGCAGUUAGAAGAUGGCCGGUUCCUGGUCGCGCCGCAACGUUAUGAUCGCUUGGUCAAGGAGGGCAAAGACACGACGCAGCUGAACUUGGUUCGAGUGCAUGAGCACUUUCGAGUCGUGGCGCUGGGCGUUCCAUCGCCACCCUUCCCAGGGAAUCCCUUGGAUCCCCCGCUGCGCUCGCGCUUCCAAGCGCGGCACGUCGCGCGGGCACCGGCCGCGGUGCUGCUGCGGCAGUUGCGGCGGGAGGCGCCGGCAGCGCCGGAGGCGGCGGUGCAGGAGUUGCUGCGAUUUUACGAGACGCUGUGGGAGUUGAUGCAGACGCAGGCCUCGGCGGCCGGGAUGGAGCUCCGUGCGAUGGCGCAGGCGGCACCGUGCUACCCCUGUGACGAGCAACUUCUGAGCUGCGCCCGGCUCCUACAGCAGCAGCCGGCGCUGCCAGUGCGCGAGGCCAUACGCCGCAUUUUCCCCUUCCAGACCGAGAGUGGGCUCCUCAACACCACUGUCGCCAAGCUGGUCGCUGAGAUUCUCCCGCCGGAACCGGGAUCUUCGACGUCGGGCGCGGGAACUCCCAUCCAGCCGGGCGAAGUGCACGGCGUUCUGCCGGGCUUCCAGCAGCGCUUGCUGGAGGAGAUGCUGCUGUCCGCUGCGUGUGGGCAAGAUCUGUGCUUGAUCGGCCCCAAAGGUGAAGGGAAGACCUUCCUGGCACAACAGCUGGCGAAAUCCUUGGGGCAUGCACGGAUCUACACCCUCUUCCUCCACGAGGAGAUGACCGCACGAGACCUCUUCCAGAGGCGCAACACCAAUCGUCAAGGCGAGAGCAUCUGGGAGGGCUCGCCCUUGUUGCAAGCCAUGGAGCGGGGCGGUUUGUGUGUGCUGGAUGGAUUGCAGCAACUACGGCCAAUGACUUUGGCAGCCUUGGCGCCAUUGAUCCAGGACCGUGAAGUCACCCUCUAUGACGGGCUUCGCUUCCUGUCACCCUGGCGCCAGCAGCACCUGGCGCAGCGGUCUUCAGCCGCCACGUCGCGCGCCGACGUGCGGGUGACGCACCCGAAGUUCCGGGUGCUGGCGCUGGCCACGCCCCAGCGGCACGCGAAGGGCUGGCUCAGCAAUGAGAUCUUGCAGCUCUUCCACUUCUUCACGCUGCCACGCCGAGCCGAGCUGCUCCCAGUGGUCUCCGCCUCUGUACCGCACUGCCCGCGCGCGGUGGCCGAGAGGCUGCUGCAGCUUCGCACCAGCUUGCUGACUGCCUCGCAGGACUCCAGCUCACCCUUGUGGUCCGGGAGCAGUCCCAUGGACCUGCAGGGUGCCAUGACCCCCACCGUGAUGCUGUCGCUCCGCUCGCUCUUGCGUGCGGCUCGCCUGGCUGCUGAGAGCUCGGAGAUCGCGGACUACCUGCAGUCGGCCUUGAUGAUGGACUUCCUUCCCUUGGCCGAGCGCACGGCCGUGCAACAGCUUCUGACAGCCUGCGGCUUCGUGCCGCGCGCGGCGCCGGAACGCCUGGUAGAGGCGGAGCGGAUGGUCAUCGAAGCGCCAGACUUCCAACAGGCCGAGCCCACGCUGCGCAUCGGCUCCGCCCGGUGCCGCGUGGCGGCGCCGCGGGAGAGCGCGCUCAUUCCGGAGACAAAGUUCUUCGACAACCCUCAGCAGACCUUGUCCUUGCAUGAUAUGCUGCGUGACAUGGCAGCUGGUGAGAACCUGCUGCUGAUGGGAAAUCAAGGUGUUGGCAAAAACAAGCUGAUUGAUCGUCUUUUGAUGCUCCUCCACCGUGAGCGUGAGUAUAUCCAGCUGCAUCGCGACACCACGGUGGGGUCGCUGACCUUAGUCCCCACGCUGAGGAACGGCCUGGUGUGCUUCGAUGACUCGCCGCUGGUGAAGGCCAUGCGCUACGGCCGGGUGCUGGUCAUCGACGAGUUCGACAAGGCGCCCACCGAAGUGGUGCUCACUCUGAAGGGGCUUUUGCAAGAUGGCGAGAUGAUCCUGGUGGAUGGGCGCCGCUUCCUGCGAGACGGACGUCCGGAGGACGCCGACGCCGUGGGGAUUCAUCCGAAGUUCCAGGUGGUGGCUCUGGCGAAUCGACCUGGCUUUCCGUUCUUGGGGAACGACUUCUUCAGAGAGAUGGGCGAUUGCUUCGCGUGCCACGCGAUCCAAAACCCCGACGAGACGUCGGAGGUGGCGAUGUUGCGGUCGUACGCCCCCUCAGUGCCACUGGACUUAUUGCGACUCUUGUCCUCGUGCUUUGGGGAGUUGAGGCAGAUGGUCGAGGCUGGAAAGCUGUCCUAUCCCUACUCGACCAGGGAGUUGGUGAACCUCGUUCGACAUUUGGAGACCUUUCCUCAGGAUUCUCUGGCUGAGGUUCUCGAGAACGUCUUUGCCUUCGACUCGUUCGAGCCGGAGCUCCGGAAGUUGCUCCGGUCCGUCUUCGAGCGCCAUGGCCUUCCAGUCUCGACCGAAGCGGACGCGUCUUCGGGCGCACGUGGCGGGCAGCGCCUAGAGCCACGAUGGCUGGGGCAGCUGGAGAGGUGCGGGGAGCUGCGGCGCUGGCGUGUGGGAGAUGAGAUCAGUGCCGUCAGCUUUGAUGAGAUGGCCCCCCUUUGGAGCAGAGAAGCUGCGGAAGGUAGCUGGCAGCCGUUGGAGCUGCAUUCGGCACGCUCCAAAGGAUUCUCCGAGGAGGAGCUUUGGUUUCGCAUGGGCUCGGUGACGAAGGAGGGAGUUUUGAUCCAAGGGCCCAAUCCUUUGACUGGAUCUUGGUUGGGCCACUUGCGGUCCAUGGCCGCGGUGCAAGGUUGCUUAUGCAUUCUGAGCAGCCAGAUGGUCUUGCAUGUCUAUGACCUCAAGUCCCAGCAAUCCCGCAAGUUCUCCUGGGGCACCAGUGCUGUGCCGGGUUCGGGCGGCGUGCCCGCCUGCUCCGGCGCCAGCCUGGUGCCGGAGCCGCUGGGAGGUUUUCUUUGCACCUACGAUUGGCACCACGAAGCCCUGCUGCGGCUGUGGCCGCGCCAGGGGCGUGCAGAGGCGCUGCGGCUCAUGCUGCCAGUGGGUGCCAGCUGCGCUGGGCGGUUGAAAGAGUUGCCCGUGUUGGUCUUCUUCGGAGGGCAGGAAGUGGUUCUGGUGGCCACGGAAGGUGUCCAAGUAGCCCGCCUUCGGGUGUCGACUGGAGAGAUCGAGGACAUGAUGGAGCUGAGUGUGAAGAGACUGCUGCUGAGAUGUGGCGAAGUCUUUUGGGAGCUUCAACUGGGCAGUCUUCAGCCCACCAGCGCGUCGGACUUCUUCCACCAGCUCCACCAGCUCCGCAGCCUCCAGCUCCAUCCGGUAACCUGGACGUCCUCCACGUCGCCGCCGCGGGCGCCGCUCGCGCCGCCGUCGCUGCGCGAAGCGCUGGGGCCGUGGAGCGCCAGCGAAGCGCCGCUGCCGGAGCUGCCGGAGCUCGCGGAGCUGGGGCGGUUUGGGACCCUGUCGACUGCUACAUCCCAUGUGAUGGCAGCCCCAAAAACAAGCUUUGCACUGCUGGCUGUGGGGCUCAACCUGAACUUGCCCAGUACGCCGAGCCCAGAACAGCAGGCUGGAGGCACCUGCCCAGCUUUUGGCCCAGCUGACCGGAGAGGAGGUCAACAUGGAGCUCACCCACAAAAUGGUGCAUUGCUGGCACCAUGCCUCCCAGAGUCUCAUCUCCAUCUUCUCCAUUCCGGGUAG